AUGUCGCACAAAACAUCACCCUUACACCUGCAGGCCACUGCGAGAUGCAUGGCACAGUCUCUCCCGGCGAGACUCAUUGCGGCUGUCGCUGGCGGUUUUGGAACGGACUUCAAGUACCAAUACGACGAACCGGACAAUUCCUACCACGAGAUAAUGAUGCUGCUGCCGGUCGUCCACGGGGCUGGGGCAGUCAGCAAGGCCACGACGCAAGCUGCAUUACGGCGGGUUGUCCUCCACGAUCACGGAUCGGUGGUUCGGUUCUUCAUGACCAGUGUUCGAUAUCCGGCUUGCGUGUCCUCUGUGGAAGAGCUGCAUUGCCAUGUCAACCUCGGCUGCCACAGUUCCAAGGAGCGACUCGACUACGACGUAGAAUGUGUGGAAAGCCUCUCAACACACUUGGACUACUGCCGGGUUAGCCUCGGCAUCCUGAAGAGCAUCCAUCAGCUCAUGGCCAGCGAACUCGCGGACGAAUCCUACCGGGCGGCCCUCGACCUUCGCUUCCGCCAGUCCGUCUUCUUCUCCCUGCUCGGCCACCUCCGCAGCAUCCACACCCUCCGCAUGACUGUCUACCCGGGAGCUAGCCAAGGGCUGCGUUGGCUGAGUUCCGAGCUCCAGCACCGCUAUCCAGAAUAUAUCGCGUCCGUCGCGCCGUGCCUCAGCCCCUGUCCAUCGCUGCGAAAAGUCGCCCUAUGCGCCACAGCCGCCUAUCCCGCGACUGACCCGUGGCCGCCACUGAGCCUAUGGCCGCUGAUCAACCUCCCGACCGUCGAGGAGCUAGAGCUCGAAACCUGCCCAGGGAGCCAGAUCGCCGUGGACACCCUUCCCUGUGCCCCCAGCAACGCCACGAACAACGCCGCCGCGAACGAGAACAUCUCUCCACCCAUCCUAGCACACCUGCAGGUGGUCAGGAUCAAAGGAACACUCGCAACCGUCCUCCCCACGCUCCGCCGCCUGCUCCCCUCCACCCCUAACAUCCACACCCUGGAGAUAUACCUCACCACCCCUGUCCCUUUCAACCCUCCUUCCACGGCCACAACGCCGAACCAACCCACCACUUUCAAUCUCAACACCCUCCUCCAACCGGCUAUGCUCCUCCCUCGAUCCCUCCGGUACCUCUCCCUGACGACCACCACCACCACCAGCGCUACUCCCUCCAACCAACCCAACCAACCCACCCCGCCUGCGCACUCCCAGCCAGCCAAAGCGAUAUCCGGUCCCGCGCCCGACACGCUGGCGCGCCUCGCCUCGCUAAGGGCGCUGCAUAUCCCGAUCUGGGCCCUCUUUGACGCCAGCCCGCUCUCACACGGCGGUAGCGGCGGUAGCGGCGCUAGCGACGGGGGUGUAGGGGGUGUAGGGGUCGGGAGAGGGGGAGAGUGUCUAGACGGGCCGGGCGCCGGCGCCAGGUCAGCUGCUCCACGGUUGCAGGCGGCAGGCGGUGAUGGGGAUGGGGUGAGUCCAGGGCAUCGGGUGCGGUUGCCGAGUGGGUUGGAGCGGUUGGAGGUGGUGGUGGAUGGGUGGUGGGGAUCUGGGGAGGGCGGGAAUAUGGGGGAGGGGGGCAGAGUGGGUGCUGGGGAGGCGAUGAGGGCGUUGGCAGAGUGGUGUGCCCGGGAGGAGAGGAGGGCGCUGAGGCGGGUUGUGGUGUGGUGUGGGAAGGGGGCGGACGGGGGGCGUUGGUGGUCGGUCGCAGAGGAGGAGGAACUUGGAAAACGGUUUCGACUGAUGGGCGUGGAGGUUGAGUUUCGCGUCUACGAACCGUGGCCGGAGGGAAAGGUUGGCGGGUGGCGGAUGCUUGGGGCGGAGAAUGACGACCAAGCGAAGGAAUAG